GGCAUUGUCUGCUGAUGUAGCAGCGAAGCAGCGAAACAACAAUCCCGGAUUCAAUGCUGCAGGAAGAGCACGCGUCACCAAGGUCGCGCCCGGGUCUGCGCCUAUUGACGAGGCAAUCGCGGUGGCACCGCCAAAGUCGAAGAAGCCGAAAAAGUAGCGAACCAGGAGUAAGAAACAAAAUGCAGUGCUAAUCAUGGGGUGACGCGCCAACGCUAACGCACUAACUUCCGGUGGAAGAAGAUUCACAUACCGAAACUCGGUAAAAGAUAUGCACCUGUACAUGAUUUGAACUUUUGUGACACUAGACAACAGCACGGAUUCCAUGUCCUUACUGCCCUGCAUGCCAGGAGACGCAGUGAAUCGUGUUGAUUCUCAAGCUUCAUCAUCUCGUCUUUCGUACACCUACAGUACUACGCUGCAGCUGCACUUCAGAUGCGCUCUGCGUACUAGAUUUGGGUUGUCUUUGCGACGACCUGGCAGCAAAUCUUUUCGAACUUUAUCCUGUGCAUUCCCAAGACAAGCGUCGUGCGCUUGUCUAUACACACACCUAUGAAUACGAUUUCGCUUUGUGGAUUGCAACGAUGACAAACUAGUUCUUGCAGAACUGUCACAUGAUACCACACUUUUACUGCCUUCCAAGGCCUCCAGAACUCGAAUUUAUUAUUGACCCUUCCCGAACAAAAACAAAACCAGAAGACGCGCUCAGGAUAAAGCCAUCUUCUUCAGCUGAAUCUUUUCGUCUUUGUAAAAACGACCCCAAGUAAAACUUGUAGUGAAAUCGGGCUCCCUUGUAGCUGUAGAAACUGCACCCCACGAUGUAAGUACCUCUAGUCACAAUAGGCACCUGUUUUUACUCCGUAUUUUUACUGAGCGGACUUUUUUUUCUUUCCCCUGACGGCGAGCUGUGUCUUUUGCUUUGUAGUUCAAACCUCCGCGUUAGAUCCCUUAUCGCGACUCUGAAAAGAUUUGGACCUUUUGCACAAGGAACUGACGCAUGAGACAGCGGCGAAACAAAACUGCAAAAAGAGAAAACAC